AUGGGAGGAGAAAAUCUCACUGGAAUAACAGAAUUCAUUCUCCUGGGAUUUUCUGAGGUUCCAAAUCUUGAAGCACUCUUAUUUGGGAUUUUUGUUAUCAUCUAUGUGAGUAUACUGACAGGAAAUGGACUCAUCAUUGUAAUAACCAAGUCUGACCCUGCUCUCCAGACCCCCAUGUAUUUUUUCCUUGGAAAUUUUUCCUUUUUGGAAAUUUGUUACACAUCAGUGACUCUCCCCAGAAUGCUGGCAGACCUUUGGUUGCAAAGGAGAAACAUUUCUCUUUCAACCUGUGCUAUCCAACUUGGUUUCUUUCUUAUUCUUGGGGGUACUGAGUGCUUCCUCUUGGCAGUGAUGGCUUAUGACCGUUAUGUGGCCAUUUGUAGACCUCUUUAUUAUCCUUUAAUCAUGAACUACAAAAUGUGUGUCCUGUUGGUGAUUGGCUCCUGGAUCAGUGCAAUUCCACUGCAGGCAGGGUUUACAUAUGAGAUUUUCUCUUUUCCCUUCUGUGGUUCUAACAAACUCAAUCAUGUUUUCUGUGAUGCUCCUCCCUUAGUAAAACUAACAUGUGGGGACAAUUUAUUUAAUGAAUUUCCAGUCUAUGCUAAUGCUGUGCUGUUUGGUAUGUUUCCUCUUCUAUUGAUACUUGUGUCCUACAUUAAAAUAAUCACUACUAUCCUGAAGCUUCCAUCAGCUACAGGGAGAUCCAAAGCCUUCUCUACAUGUUCCUCCCACCUCAUUGUCAUAGGCUUAUUCUUUGGAUCUGCUAUUAUUACAUAUUUACUCCCCAAGUCCAAAGAAUCAGGAGAAACAGAUAAAGUGCUCUCUCUUUUCUAUACCACUGUGACCCCAUUGUUUAAUCCCCUAAUAUAUAGUCUGAGGAACAAGGAUGUCAUUGUGGCAAUGAAGAAAUUAUUACGUAAGUGGCUGGGGUCAUCCAGCAAAUAG